UUCAAUUUUUAACCUGCACUUUGUCUGCGCACUUUAGCUUCAUUCUCGUCUUUCUCUCUGUCCUCCACAAAGCACAAACAGAACUCCCAAUUGAACUCUUCCAACUCUCUCUUCUCCUUUCUUCUUUAUCUCCCUCGAGGAAUGGGGUUUUCACUGCGUCACUACUCACUCUCUCUCUCUUUGGUUUCUGCGUUUCAAUGCAUGCUAAUUGUUUGCAUAAAUCGCGCCUUCAAAACCCUAGACUGAGCCGGACUGCUCUAUUUUGCGGGCCAUUUUGGCUUCUCACUGGAUUGGCAUCUUCUCUUCCAUUGGAAUCGCGUGGUAGAAUUUGAUUCAAGAACCGCCGAUUCUCAGAUGCGGCCGAGUCGCAGAAGGGGCGCCGGCAAAGCUGCUGCCGCUGCUGCUGCCCGCCGCCAAUGGAAGGUGGGCGAUCUUGUCCUCGCCAAAGUCAAAGGCUUUCCUGCUUGGCCUGCCACGGUAAGUGAGCCUGAAAAGUGGGGCUAUCCAGCUGAUUGGAAGAAAGUACUUGUCUACUUCUUUGGAACACAGCAAAUAGCUUUCUGCCACCCUGCUGAUGUUGAAGCAUUUACUGAAGAGAAAAAACAAUCUCUUUUGAUCAAACGUCAAGGAAAGGGUGCAGAUUUUUUUCGUGCGGUGCAGGAGAUUAUAGACAGUUAUGAGAAGUCAAAGAAACCACACCAAGUUGAUGAUCUCAAUUCUGAUGAAGUUGCUCUUGCAAAUGGUGGGAAUUCAAUGGAGUUGUCAGCUCAUUUUGAAUUGAAGGAUGAGAUUGAAACUUCUGAAGCAACUGUUGUUAGAAAUGAUCCCAACCUCACAAGCAGUGUUGCACCAGAUGUAGCAAAAGUUGGUUCUUUGCAUGAUAAAGAGGCCUCAUUGGAGCAACCCACUGAUAAUGUGGUGGUCACAGCAAAACCUGUUAUAACUACUUAUACUUCAAGAAGAAGAUCUGGCAACUUACGGUCUAGAAAAUGCGGUACACAGAAAAAGGAUCCAUCAGUUGAAAGGCCUACAAGCUUGUCAAGGUUGGAAUCCUCCAGAUUCCAGAACUUCAUGAUGCUGUCUAAUGAUGGUAACAAGAGUGCGGGGGAUGCAUCAACUGAAGUAAUCCUGAACAGGUCCUUACGAAGGAACAAGCGAGUUAGAAAGUCACCAGAUGCCUCUGAAUGGGAUGAUGUGGAUUCAUCUACUUUUAUUUCAAAUGGAAGUGUUGAAGAUAAUGUCUCUGAAAUUAUAACAGUUGAUUCUGAUUCUCUGAGUCUGAAUGAAGGCAGCACUAUAGACUGUGCUUGUAAAACUGAGCACUCUCAAACUGUUUUUGAUUGUUUGGAGGAAGAUGUUGAGUUGAGCAAAGGGCUUGAUUUUCAAAUAAAGGCCGUGAUUAUAAAGAAGAAAAGGAAACCAAACAGAAAGCGAGUGAUUAAUGAAGCAGCUGAGCCACCUGCCAGAUUGGAAACAGAGGCAGAUUUGGACGCUGGAGUGCAUAAUAGCAGCCAAAAUUCACAGUGGGCUUGUGAAAACUUGAGUGAGAGGCAUAAUAAAGAAGAUGGAGAUGAGCAUUUGCCACUAGUGAAACGAGCUAGAGUUAGAAUGGGCAAAUUAUCUUCAUUGGAGGACCACAACAGCUUUUCUCUUGAGGAAGAAAAGACUUGUAAUGAGGUUGCAGUCAGUUUGACUGAGGCACAAAGUGGCAUAUGUCAAAUUGAAGAAAGAACCUCUAACGAAGUUGUGGUCACCAUGUUGGAGCUGAUUGGCCCACCUGCUAAUUUCAAUGAUGAUCGUUCUGCUGAUAAAGGCUUGUUUUCAGUAAAGGUGUCACCUCAAAAGGGCUGUGCUCAAAUUCCAGGGAAUAGGCCUCAGCUUUCAAUUGCCAAGGAGCAUCAGUCUUUUGGCUGCUCAGCAGAUGGUGAAGCUGCUUUACCUCCAUCCAAACGUCUUCAUCGUGCUCUGGAAGCCAUGUCUGCAAAUGCUGCCGAACAAGGUCAGGCAUGUACUGAGACAUCAACCAGGAAAACAUUAAUCAAUGACAGUUCCAUAUCUUCAGUGAGGAGCUCCUCCCACAUGUUCAUUGAAAGAAAAGAAAGCGAUGGUUUAGGAGAGCGGAGUGUAGUCUCUCCUGGCUGUAGGGCCUCUGCAUUCUGUUCCAGCUCUAACAGAGUCAUAGAGGAAUCUAUAAAAUCACCAUUAGAAGCUGAAGUUUGCAAUCAACCGAUUGAAAGUUCUAAGAGCCAAGAACAUUAUGAAGAUGUCUUGACAGAGUCCUUGGACGAUGAUCAUGGCAAAGAUCUUGGAGGAUCAUGUUUCGGAGGUGACAUUGUUUCUACUUCUAUUCAACAGAGUGCAAAAGAUUUUACACCAAAUUUAGACAGAAGAUGGUGCAGUCUGCGAUCCAAUCAGGGCUUAUUGGAUCAUUUAUUACCGAAGGAUGAAGUCAAUUCUGAAAACAUUCAGUUAAGAGAUGUUGGAGCUGAGAAUCUUAAUAAAGAAGUUGGCGUUUUGGAGAAUUCUCAGACGAGUCCAAGUAUCAUCUCAGAGGCUGAUGAAGCUGCUAAAGGUACGUCUCAAAAUGGUUCUAAUGUGCUUCAGUACAGUGCUGAGGAUAUUGGCUGUGGGAAUACCAAGUCAUUGAGGUCCCUAAUUGAUGACAACCAAGUCAAUGGCAUGUGUGAGGCAAAAGGUGUCAAAUAUGCGCAAAGAUCUAUUUCUGAUGACCAUUUGGGUGAAAGGCAUGCCUUGGUAGCCCAGCCAAGUCCAGUUCCAGCUGAUGGAAUAGAAUCUCCUGCACAAACAUCCCCAACUACUACCUCAAUAUGCCAUGUAUCUACCUCAGAAAGUGCUAACUUCAUUCAAAAUAGUCAAUGUUCCAGUCCCAACCAUUUGCACCAGAAGACAACUCUGUGCACAUCAAUUGAUGAAAAAAAUGAAUCAGUGGUGCCACAACGCCCAAAAUCUGUUGGCAAAUGGAAUAAUUAUGCAGAAGCGCAUUCUUGUCUAUCAUCUUUUGAAGGAAUUAUUGGAUCAUUAACAAGGACAAAGGAGAGCAUUGGUCGAGCAACUCGCAUAGCCAUUGACUGUGCAAAGUUUGGCGUUUCUUCUAAGGUGGUGGAGAUUUUAGCCCGUAACUUGGAAAGUGAAUCAAGUUUACACAGAAGGGUGGAUUUGUUUUUCCUUGUGGAUUCUAUCACUCAAUGCUCUCGAGGUUUGAAAGGUGAUGUUGGUGGCAUAUACCCUUCAGCUAUUCAAGCAGUGUUGCCGCGCCUACUUUCAGCUGCUGCUCCUCCUGGAAGUUUGGCGCAGGAAAAUCGGAGGCAGUGUUUGAAGGUUUUGAGGCUUUGGCUGGAAAGAAGGAUCCUUCCAGAAUCUGUUAUUUGCCAUCAUAUGCGGGAACUUGAUUCAUUAGGCGGUUCAUCUUCUGCUGUUGCCUAUUCUCGCCGUUCAGCAAGAACAGAAAGGGCCUUAGAUGAUCCUGUUAGAGACAUGGAGGGUAUGCUUGUUGACGAAUAUGGAAGCAAUUCAAGUUUUCAGAUUCCAGGAUUUUGUAUGCCUCGCAUGCUUAAGGAUGAAGAUGAAGGAAGUGAUUCUGAUGGAGAGAGUUUUGAGGCUGUCACUCCGGAACAUAAUUCUGAAACCCCUGAAGAACGGGAGACCACACCAGCAGUAGAAAAGCACACACACAUCUUGGAAGAUGUUGACGGUGAGCUUGAAAUGGAGGAUGUGGCUCCCUCUUGUGAAGUUGAAGCAGGUUCAUCAGGUGGCAUUGCAGGAGUCAAUUCUGUACAGAAUUUGCAUAAUCAAUUAGAACAGCUUUUUCCACUGCCCUUUGUGCCUCCUUUGCCUCAGGAUGUGCCACCAACAUCACCACCAUUGCCAACAUCACCGCCUCCACCUCCACCUCCACCUCCACCACCUCCUCCUGCUAUCCCACCUUCGUGUGGAAUUCCUGAUCCAUACAUUACUAGCAUUGAUUCAAAUCUUUAUGCAAAUUCACAUAAUAUGCAAGAUGACUUGAGAGAAUCUGUGGGUCAGCAGCCAGCAGCACCAAGAAUCAACCCAUCAAUGUCCAAUGGAGUGCAUUAUCAUGCUACUGAAUGUAGGGAUCAGAUGCAGAUGCAACAUUGUGAAUCCACGAACUCUGUCAGCAGUUACCCUGUACAUCCAAUGCACUCAGAUGGGCCAAACUUCCACAAGGCUUAUCCUCCAAGGCCACACCCACCACCUUCAAAUCAAUUCUCUUAUGUUCAGGCAGGCCAGCAUGUGAAGUCUCGGAGAGACACCCCACCUCCUUACCACCACAGAUUCCACUCUUCACAUAAUGCUGAUGGUGGAAACUUUUAUAAUAACCAUGAGAGAAUGAGGCCAGCCCCAUAUGAACUCAAUGAGAGGUGGAGAUACCCUGCACCCCCUUUUCCUGGUCCACGACAUUCAGAAAAGGGCAGGGCAUCUUACCCACCUGAAUCAUAUUGUGGCCCCCCAAGAGAGCCGGAUAGAAUACCUCAUCAGGGAUGGUCAUUUCCUGCCCAGGGGAUGCAUCACAGGAACUUCAUGCCUUUUAGGCCACCACCUGAAAGUGCAAGUCCAGUGUCCAAUAGAGGUUAUUUUCUGCCGCAUUGUUUUCAAGUAUUUGGCGGCCAAGAUGAUCAGCUAGUACUGCCACGGCUGAGAUUGAAUACAUUUUUUGUCUGGCUUCUCGGCUUGUUCAAAAGAGCAAGUCUAUUUGGGUUAAUGCUUCGCGUGGAAGGGAUCAUGAGGGCUGUGAGACAGUCAUCACAGAGAUUUGGGAGCUGUAACCAAACUCUAGACUGUCAUUUUGUGAAUGGUAAUUUGCGCCAACGUUUUAAAUGGGAUUACCAUGUGGGGGCUUUCCAUGUACAGUUUAGUUAUGGCCAGUUAAUGACUGGGAGAAACCCAUUAGUGAGGGCAGAGGAUUUAGGUGUUUCUAGUCCCAGUUGGACAGGUCAGAGAACAGGGAUGGGUGCUUCUCCAUCUGUCCCAGAGAAAUCCAUCCAUGAAUUCUCUGUCAAGGAUGCCCGGGGUCAGGAUGUCGACUUCAGCAUCUACAAAGGCAAGGUUCUUCUCGUGGUUAAUGUCGCCUCUAAAUGUGGAUUUACAGAUUCGAAUUACACCCAGUUGACCGAUCUUUAUAACAAGUAUAAGGACCAAGGUUUUGAAAUCUUGGCAUUUCCUUGUAACCAAUUUCUGAAACAAGAGCCAGGGACGAGUGAAGAUGCACAACAGUUUGCUUGUACCAGAUACAAGGCUGAAUAUCCAAUUUUCCAGAAGGUACGCGUCAAUGGGCCAAAUACAGCACCUGUCUACAAGUUCCUCAAGGCAAGCAAAUGCGGAAUUAUGGGGUCUGGCAUAAAGUGGAACUUUACCAAGUUCUUGGUCAAUAAGGAAGGGCAAGUUAUCGGUCGCUACAGCCCAAUCACUCGUCCUUUGUCUAUUGAGGCUGAUAUCAAGAAAGCUUUGGUAUAAUGUGAGAAAUAUGCCACGAACAGAUUCAGUAAAAGCUAAAUCAAAAUAUGUAAAGCAUUUAGAUGGUCAAGCUAUUCUGAUGUCGAGUUAGUUAUUGUAUAUUAUUGAUCGAUGACUUCUAUUUAAUGCAUUCCGUUUGUAGUGUAGAGAAUAAAGGAGUAAGAGCUUGUUGUAAACGGAUAGUUUGCUUAUGUGUUGUAGUUUGCUUUUAUGUUGUUCCUA